UUUUUCAGAGGUAUCAUAAAAAUUAAAUUUUUGCAAGAUUAAAAAAUAAUACAAAAAAUACCCCAAAUUGGUAGCAAUUAGUUUCUUUCAAAGCUUUGAAAAUGUUCCAUUCCAAUUUAAUCAAAGCAAAGCUAGUUUUUUGCAAUAAUUGCCCGAAAAAUAAUUUUCCAGCUUUGGCAUUUCCCGUUUCCGUCCUUUUGAUUGAUUUAGCUAAUCAAAUUUUCCUCUGAACGUUAUAAAACUUCUCGCAAUCAGACCUCAGCGUCGGCGGCGUCCACGGCGUCGCUUGUUAAACUUUAUUAGCGCCGAAAAUUUCCAUACCGGAUGCUGAAAUCGGCCAAAUGACAUCCACCACACGCUCAAUCCUCUUUACGGAGUUUUCUCAUCGCUGAAAAUCCUGAAAAUAGGUCAUCGCAACUUGGGCCUUUUGCCAAACCCGUUUUAUUUCCCUGAAAUAAACAGUUUGGUCGCCUGAAAUAUGCCGAAAAAAUCGAAUUAAAACUAAGUUUUGGCGCUUGCGUGCUCCCCACUCGGGGGGUUGUUGAUGCGUCGGAGACUCAGAGGGUGUUUUGGCGGCGAGUGGUGCGUUUGUGUUUCAGUUUUCAGGAGGAAAACAGCGGGACAUUUGGUGGUGUUUCAGGAUUAUUUUCACUCUCGAAUUGUUUAUUGAUGAGUGAAAGUUUGUUUUUCCUGAUGGACGUUAGAUUUCAGUGAUGUGUGAGUGAGGAGUGGAAGGGUUGCAAGACUUGUGGGGCUUUUGGAGGGUGCUCAUGAAUGGGAUCCACUUUAACCAAGGCCAGUCGUAGGGAAUCAGCUCAGAGGGAUGCUGACCGCGAGCGCCGCCUCCGCGCCGACAGCGAAUCAAGGGCGAAACAGGCCCUUCAAGACGCCGCUCGAUGCAAAUCAAGACUUAAACUCCUCACAAGCGAAUUCACAAGAAUGGAGGAGACGGUGCGUUCGAUGCUAGUGUACAAGAAGCAAGCCGAACAAUUGCGACAAGAGAAAAAUGCACUGACUUUGGCUUUCGAGAAUCGUUGUCAGCAGUACCAAAAUACCGUGACUCGUUUAAAUAACGAAAUAGCAACUUUACGAUCGCAGUUGGCUGCACAAGUCGGAAGUGAGAGUAAUCCGGAAGAGAUUCUUCAAGCACAUGCGGCCGCCUUGCAUCGACAUGCUGAAGAGUCAAGGAAGCAGUACGAAAGGUGUUUGGAUGAUGUUGCGAAUCAGGUGGUCAAAGCCCUACUAGCGCAAAAGGGCUUACGUGAGGAAGUCGGCCACCUCAACUCGCGCAUCCACGAACUGGAGUCCCAAAACCGCGCCUUGACCUCCAUGCUGGUGCACCAGCUUCGCGGCGACACCCCCUCAUCCCCCGAACCGCCCCCAGAGGACUCCUCCCUCCCCACCGUAAUCAAACAUUUCAACUCUUUCAACUCGGACGACACCUCCGAAACCGCUUUAUCAAAAUUCGAACGUCGUCUCUCCACAAACUCCGAAAUCCUCGACACGAAACUCUCCUUCGAGGACAAAAAACGCCACCAGGUCCUCACGAAGCUCUGGACGGAGCUCAAAGGCAGCGAAGUGACCCCCAAAAGGCUCCUCGAAGCCCUUGGGAGUGUCGAUUCGAGUCUGUGGGUGCAGCCCCAACGGCCCGUCUCGUUGAAUCUCCAUUUGCCCAUCGUUCAAGCGACGAAAUACAGGAGGAGUCGCCCCAUUUUGCAAAGUAGUUCGAAGAGUGAGGAGGAGGCAGGGAAUGAGUCGCCCGAGAGUGGGAAUAGGGAUGAGGGAUACUCGACGAUGUCUUCCGAUGUUCAAGCCGAUUUGACGAGGAGUGAAGCGAUCCCAAUGAGGGGAUUGGAGGAUUUGAAGGAGGACACCGACGAGACUGAUAUUACCACCGAAACGCGCCUUCUUGUGACUGACAAUAAGGAUCCUGACAUACUUUACAUUCCGUUCAAUUUGCUGAAUCUCAAGCCAAGGAACAGUUACCCUCCCGGCAAAGAGAUGUUACCAUUUCAACACAUCAUGCGAAGUUUCUCCGACUCGCAUCUCUGUAUCAAAAUAACAACAGCCCCAAGUCCUUGCUACAGCAUCACGUCGCCUAUUUCUAGCAGUCCUUCGAUUUUUCUCCUUGAUAUAACCGACAAGAAUCCUUUGCGACGAGCCAAAGCCACUAGCACUUUAUGGGGUAACACCAAUUUCGAAAUCUGUGAUGAUUCUUGGCCCAGCCCGACCGAAAUGGAAUGUUGUCCCACAUGGGACGCCGAAUACAUCCAGCAAUGGUUGCGUCUCGACGACACCCGAACCACCCUUCAACAGCAACGCGAUUUACUCGAAUUGGAAUACGACCGCGCCGAAUUAGAAGACUGGAGUUUGAGUUUAUCAAACGACGAUUUACGCGAACAAUGCAAACGUAUCGAGGCGGUAACGCCCUCCACCCUCCCCAGCAUCCAGGAGAACAACGCCCUCGAGCUCGAAGAGGACGCCAAUGAGUGUCUUUGGAACAACUCGAGCUAUCUCAUGGACAAAGAAGGCCGCGAAUUGGUCACACUCCUCAUUGGCGAGAACGAAAAACAGGCGUGGCCGUACGCCACGCCCCGCUCACCGGAUUGGUCGAGCGGCUCGUCCGAGGCGGAGACUUUCUCGAAACGAUCGUCGGCGGCGCUGAGCGACGACACCGGGGAACUCCCCGGUACCGAUUUCACGCGCGACUUUUACCGAUUGGUCAAAUUCGAGAGUACGAAAAGUCUCGCGUCGACUUCGUCGAAUUGUGACACUUUUCACAAUGUUUUAAAUUUAAAAAUGGCCGAUCCAACGAAAGACUUCAGUAUUGAGGGGCCUGGUGACGAAAAUUACGUCACAUUGAAGCAAUUAUGCGAGGAAUAUGCGAAAAAAGACGAACAAAAUAUCGCGUAUGCUGAUGAGGUGUGUUUGGUCACCCCUAUCGAUGUCGAAAUAAGUGAGAAUUGUUCGAAUAUGGCCGCCCUACCGGUUGAUAUAUGCACUAGUGUAACCUCAUCGGUUAUAACCGAUUCGAGUGACGUUUCAACGAGUACGAUAAUUUCGAAAAUACCGCGCCGGAAACGCGAUUCGAAAUUGGUGGUGGCGCCAUCUAUACCGAAAAAAACCGAUGAAUUACCGAAACCAAAGAGUAAAAUACCGAAAGUGAAACAAGGCCAACAUCAUGUGAUCACGUCUGAACGACUUCCGCAAUGCACUUCCGGUGUUAUAAGUAAUAUUAUUGAAGGCCCUCCCCAUCGUGCUGUAAGUUUUCAUGAACGUGCAACUUCGAAAGAUGUGAUUGAUGAGUUGAAUCGUAUGAUUAAAAAUGGGGAGGAGCCACCGCCGCCGGUUGGAGGGGAGAAGGAGGAGGGGUCAGGAGGCGGAGCGAAUAAGUUGGAUGAGGGGUGUAGAACGACGGGGUGGGUGCAUGUGGAGAAGGAUAUAGAUUUGACGGAUCCGAAGGCCAGGGCGAACCUCCUCGACGUCAUGAUGGCCUCAGUCUCUAGUGACUCUUCCCCCACUUCGUCAUGUGGUGGGAGCGUAGCGAGUGACUCAACGGAGGAUCCCCCCGAUUACGGCCAUUUGCACCGAAUCCAUCGUUUUCAUCGGCAGAAAAAAGCGAACGCCGCCCGUCCCGAAUUGGCAGUAGUCCGAGCGGCGACGGCCUCGAGGCCCUCAAUUAUAGGCCGGCCCGACUUCUACGUCCGCUACGGCGCAAAGGAAAUGGAAGCUGUCGCAAGUUUCGACUUCCUCGACGAAUUGGACGAAACUCCUCCCCUCACAGCCAACCACGUUUAAUUUAUUUACGUCGUAUUUAUUGUCUAUAUGUAAAUUGGUUUAAUAGACUUGUACUUUUUUGACUUGUUUUAUUAUUUAGCGACGAGUAGCGAGCUUAGAUAAGACUGUACAUAGGUUAUAAUCGUAUUUUUUUUAUGAACUUGGGAUUAUUCAAACGAAACGAAUUAUGUGUAGUACACUCAAAUGUACUUUUGUGAUAUAAUUGAAUUUCAUAGUGGACGUUAUAUUUAACCGAUUUUAUGAAUGCAAGGGUGAGGGCCUAGAAAUUUGUGAUCAUUUCAUUUUGGAUUUUUUCAGUAGCGGUGCAAUAAAUUUUCAGAUUUUGCGUGAAAUGAUCACGUGGCUAAUCAAAGCAAUUUUCAUGGUAGAUACAGAUGUUGAGGUUAUGUAUAAACUGUGUGUAGAGUGUAUUUUUAUAUAGGGUACUUAUUUAUAUUUAGUACAAAUUUAGACAUAAAUACAUUAUUAUGAUUCAA